AUGAAUCUUCAGCUGCUUGCUCCUCCCAAUGACGACGACGGCGUCAACCUCUGCCUAUUCCACGACUCGGCGACUUCCUUUGCUCGUCUCAAAAGGCUGUUCCAGUCGGCCGGACUGACGCCUCGACUGACCAUGUCGGUGAUCGCGAUUCAUUCGGCCCUGAUCACGUGGACGGGACAACCGGAGGCCGGCAAUCGCUCCUCUUUCAGCCUCCGAAGCCGUUCGCAGUCCGGACAAAACGCAGACUCGACAGGACGCGACGGAGAAAACGAGCCUCGCACGAGUCGAUCUGUCGGCUCGGCCGCUUUUUUUCUGCGUGGACUCCACUCAUCCGUUUGGUCUUUGAUUCUACUCUCCGUUCUGGUGGUACGUUCACACAAACCGCCCCAUCACACAUUUUCAUCCCAACUUUGGUCCUAG